UGUAAAACGAAAUAAACUUGUUUGUAAGACAAAAUAGGUUUAUAGUCUGUCGGUUAACCUCUUUAUAAGACACCUUGAGAACUUUGGUUUGUGCAGUGUGUUUGUCAGACAAUUAUGUUUGUAUUUUCUAUUUAGUGUUUACCCAUAACGAGAAUUCACCAUGUAGGUGACUAUAUCCUAAUUUGGGGGCGAGAAUGAGAUAUUGUUGGCAGACCAAAUGGCGUGGAUCGAGUUCGAUGAAUGAAUGAACAAUUAAAUGAGUUGAUCGUUAGUGUUGACGCAAUAGGAACCUAAUAACUAAUAACUGUACAUUAUUUUGAAAAUUAGGUCAUUUUUUGUGAUUGGAAGUUGAGAAAAAUUGUUCAUUUAUACCCUACGUAUCAGGGUCGUAUUGGAUAUUAACCUAAAUGUUAUACUCCCUAUAAUGUCUACAAUAAACAUGUAUUAUUUUGCAAACAUUAAAAGAUUAGCCCUAUCUAUAGUCUAGCAUGGAAUCUUUCUUGUAUGCAUAGACAUCAUUUCGGAAUGUACUUGGAUUCCUGAAAAGGGAAGGUAAAGUUAUUCUCAAAACCCCUUAUAUCCAUAAAUAAUUCAUUUUUUGAAAAUUCUCUCCUACUAAAAAUUGUAGUCAUUAAAAAGUUAUGCGAAAUAAAAAAAAAAUCAUGAUUUUUGGAUUGUGGAGCACAAAGUUAUGGUCGUUCAAAGUUUGACGAAAUCGAAAAAAGGCUCGUUCGGGGUAGCAAACGACAUUUUUUCGAGACGAAGGCGGGACCCUUAUGGCGGUUUGCGGCUUGCAAGAUCUCGAAAAAUUAUGUGGAAUCAAAAAAAAUUCGCUACGAUCAGAUAACUGAGCACAAAGUUACGUUUGUUUAAAGUUUCGACGCAGGUCAGGCCUUCACCGCGGCCGUUUACUGCGGUGAAGCAUUCACCGCCUUUGUCGACAGCGGUGAUGCAAUCACCGUCUUCGUCGACAGCGGUGAUGCAAUCACCGCGCUUCUCUGCCGCGGUGAAUACCCAAAUAUACAUAAAUUGGGAAUUAUUUUCAUAACGUGUGUAUUUUGAGAAUUCUUUUUAAAAAAAUGUGUAACUUGUGAUUUUUUCCAAAUAGAGCCGGCCCGAAGAUACUCAGCCCAUAACUCGCCGUGACAUUGCUUUCCUUCCUCCCGGCGGCGUACAUGUCCGAGUCAGAGAAAGGAAAGGACAACUAAUACAAAAUAUAUAGCGAUCAGAGAGGGGGGUAAAUUAAAGACAGAACUUCCGCCGGCGGCAGCAAACCGAUUGCAAUGUCGUCGUCGACGCCAAGGCAACUGCCGGAUGAACUAGUGUUGAAGAUUAUUUCCCAUCUGGGGACGUUGAACGAAGUGGUAAGAUACAGCAGCCUGAUGUCCAAACGAUGGAAGGAGGUAUGGCGAUCGAUUGGCGGCGGGAUCCUGGAUUUCGACAAGUCCGACAACAUCAGAGCGUAUAUCCCGACCGAAGAACAGCUCCCCUUCGCUAAUACGGUCGACCAAGCUCUGACUUCACUCGCAUCUCAUCGAAACUUGGACGGCUUGAGAAUCGGGUUCGACUUUUAUGGGAUGGCAGAGCAAGCCCGGAGGUGGAUCGAAUUCGGGUUAACCAAAACAGUGAAAGAACUGACACUAAUCUCCUCCUCGCCGUAUCUCCCUCCCCUGACCCUCGAUUCCCUCGCCAAACACGACCUCAGCCGCCUCGAGGUUCUCGAAUUCCACGGCAUGAGGAAGAUUCCUCGGGCAGUUGUCCAGCACAUCCUCUGCAACUGUCCAUCCCUCAGACAAUUUGCUCUGCGCAAUUGCAGUUUCAGCGAAUUAGGAGGAGCGGUACUCGUCAUCAAUGUCCAAUCCAGCCACAAUAACCUCCAGAGCUUGAGCUUGGAUUUGGAAGCCCCGGGCUCCGAGGUUAGGAUCGAGCUCGUCUCUGCUCCCAAUCUUCAUACAUUCAAGUUCAGAGGCUCGCACGUCGAAUUUGGGGACAAUCUUCCUCGACUUCGGGAGGCGUGGUUCAGCGGGCAGUGGAUCCGCGAAACCAGCUCCCUCCCGUGGUCUCGCGCUCAAUUUGAAAAAUUCGCACCGCGAUUGGACCGCCUCGGGCUCCAAUUGGGGCCGAAUCGCUUUCGUCACCGUCUCGUCUCUCCUGUACCGGAGUGGUUGUUGUUCGAGAAAUUGAGGUUCUUGGGUCUGGAUCUGUUUAUAAAUACGUGCUUCGCUCCUUCGAGCUUGGUUGACUGCACCGUCCUGCUGAUUGCGGCUCCGGUUUUGCGACAGCUGACGAUUCGCUUUGCGAAUGCCUCUGAUAUGGAGAACCAGGAGUGGCGGGGCUCAAGUGCUGCAGAGUCGUCAUUGGAAUGGAAGCAUCACGCUCUGGAGGUGCUUCGACUGCACGGCGUGCAUCGGGAUCGGACUGCUUCGUUUUUCGUCUCUGCUCGCAGAAGACAACUGGAACUUGCGGCUUGCAUCAUCAUGAGAGCGCCUUCCCUGAAGCAAGUGCUUAUUGAUACCCGCCACCCGAGCUUGAUUCGCCGUCCUGCGGCCGAAUUCAGACUUCCCCAUGAGGUGGAUGAAGAUAUAUGUGAAGCCAGGAUGGAGCUGGACACUCAGCUCCAAGGUCGCUCUGCUAGCCCGCAUGUUCACUUCACUUAUAGGUGAUGGUAAUGUUAGUUUGUUACCAAUCCUCCCCCAAUAAUAUAUAUUAUAUCAAUAAUAUAUAUUAUAUGGUAGAGUUCUAUGAACUUUUCUCCAUUUCAAAUUUAUUGCAACGAGAGUGAAAAUAGGAAGGACAUUUUUGUCUUUACAAUUAAUGAUUUAUCUCAUAUAAAAAAUAUCAAUAUGAGAAUUCAAACCCGGGUCUCUUAAAACAAAGACAAAUAAUUACACUAAACAAAUUUGUUGUAUCUUUUCGAGUACAAAACAUACACAAAGGUAAACUUUGAAAAUUGGAGGAAUUUUCCAUCAUGAUUAGCAAGCCCACUAAGUCUACCGUAUGUAUUUUUUUGGUGCUUGAUACUUCAAUUUUCAUAGUAGAGUUUCAUGUAAUUUUCACAAUUUUAAAUUUUUUGCUCUCGCCUUAAUUUUUUUGCUAAAGGUAGAUUGGUAAUUGACUACCAUAGAAGAAACUAAUUAUGUUACUGCAUGUUGUGUCCUUGAAAUUUUCAAUUUAAAUUUAAAUUUAGUGCUUUUUUAUCUUUGUUCUUAUCUCUUUUAACUUCCUCCGAAAUUCCCUCCAUCGUGCAAUAGUUUGCGCCCCUUUCACUUUCCAAUACAAGGACGCCUUUGAAAUCAAUCUUUUGGUAGAGUUCUAUGAACUUUUCUCCAUUUCAAAUUUAUUGCAACGAGAGUGAAAAUAGGAAGGACAUUUUUGUCUUUACAAUUAAUGAUUUAUCUCAUAUAAAAAAUAUCAAUAUGAGAAUUCAAACCCGGGUCUCUUAAAACAAAGACAAAUAAUUACACUAAACAAAUUUGUUGUAUCUUUUCGAGUACAAAACAUACACAAAGGUAAACUUUGAAAAUUGGAGGAAUUUUCCAUCAUGAUUAGCAAGCCCACUAAGUCUACCGUAUGUAUUUUUUUGGUGCUUGAUACUUCAAUUUUCAUAGUAGAGUUUCAUGUAAUUUUCACAAUUUUAAAUUUUUUGCUCUCGCCUUAAUUUUUUUGCUAAAGGUAGAUUGGUAAUUGACUACCAUAGAAGAAACUAAUUAUGUUACUGCAUGUUGUGUCCUUGAAAUUUUCAAUUUAAAUUUAAAUUUAGUGCUUUUUUAUCUUUGUUCUUAUCUCUUUUAACUUCCUCCGAAAUUCCCUCCAUCGUGCAAUAGUUUGCGCCCCUUUCACUUUCCAAUACAAGGACGCCUUUGAAAUCAAUCUUUUGGUAUCUCUUGGUACUACAAUUUUAUUAUUGGGGAUUUAAGCUAAGCAAGUAGAAGAUUUCAACUCCGAUAUCAAUCCAUAACGAAUAGAAUGGAGUUCAAUAAAUGGAGUUGUAGGAGGAUUAGAGAUUGAAUUUUUGAUUAAAACAUAUGCCUCUUGAGAUAAAAAUUUGGUUGUACAACAGAGAGUGAUGACUAUUGGACCUUUAGGUUUAUGGUUUUUGCAACUAGGUCGAUUCUUUAUUCAACCUACUGGAACUGAUAAAUAAGGAGUGUCUAGUUUUGUGCCUUAUUACGUCGAUAGAGUCUAUUAGUAUAUUGGAGGUACCCUAAUUUUGUCGUUUGCUCUCAAGUUUUAUUGGUCCCCUCUUAACUGCGUUGUUAGUAUAUAGUUGACUUGAAUCAACAACUCUCAAUUUCUUUUUUAUUAGUGGCAUAUUGUUCCUAGAAGGAGAGCAUUGAACUAGGGAUGGCAAUUUAGACCUGACCCGUUUUACCCGACCUGUUUGGCCUGUUUUGGGGCAGGUCCGACCCCCAGUAUGCGGGGCGGGGCGGGCAUGUGUACCUCUCAUCGACCUAACCUACCACGACCCGCCCCAUUCUUGACCCGUUCUUGCCUACAUUACAUGUAAUCUUAGUCAAAUUAUUUAGGAUUUUCUCUUAUUACCUCAUAUUUUAGCUAUAAUAAACUUGUAAAUAAGUG